AGGAUUCUGGAACUUGGGCGGCCUGAUGGGCCCUACGUGAAAGAUGUAGUAGGGAAAAGGAGCGACAGCUGGCUAAAGGAGCCCCCACAACUCUCCCCAACACCCUAGGAGAACAGCCUCUUGCUCUGCUGGUCCCAGGGUGCAAUGGAAAUGGAGAGCACGGCGGCCUCCACACGUUUCCACCAGCCUCAUAUGGAGAGGAAGAUGAGUGCGAUGACCUGUGAGAUCUUCAACGAGCUUAGGCUAGAGGGCAAGCUCUGCGACGUGGUCAUCAAGGUCAACGGUUUUGAAUUCAAUGCCCACAAGAACAUCCUCUGUAGCUGCAGUUCCUACUUUAGAGCUUUGUUUACAAGUGGCUGGAACAACACUGAAAAAAAGGUAUACAACAUUCCCGGCAUUUCCCCCGACAUGAUGAAGCUAAUUAUUGAAUAUGCAUACACGAGGACCGUGCCUAUCACUCCGGACAACGUGGAGAAGCUGCUGGCUGCUGCAGACCAAUUUAACAUCAUGGGUAUCGUCAGAGGUUGCUGUGAGUUCCUCAAGUCAGAGCUGUGUUUGGAUAAUUGUAUCGGCAUCUGCAAGUUCACAGAUUACUACUACUGCCCGGAACUGAGGCAGAAGGCCUACAUGUUCAUACUGCACAACUUCGAGGAGAUGGUGAAAGUCUCAGCAGAGUUUUUAGAGCUCUCAGUCACUGAACUGAAGGAUAUCAUUGAGAAAGAUGAGCUCAACGUCAAACAAGAAGAUGCUGUAUUUGAAGCUAUUUUAAAAUGGAUUUCUCACGACCCCCAAAAUAGGAAGCAGCAUAUUUCGGUUUUGCUUCCCAAGGUUCGCCUGGCCCUCAUGCAUGCUGAGUACUUCAUGAACAACGUUAAGAUGAAUGACUAUGUGAAAGACAGCGAGGAAUGCAAGCCAGUCAUCAUUAAUGCCCUAAAGGCCAUGUAUGACCUAAACAUGAAUGGACCCUCCAAUUCUGACUUUACCAACCCACUCACCAGGCCCCGCCUGCCCUACGCCAUCCUAUUUGCAAUUGGUGGCUGGAGUGGUGGGAGUCCUACCAAUGCCAUUGAGGCAUACGAUGCUCGGGCAGACAGAUGGGUGAAUGUCACUUGUGAGGAAGAGAGUCCCCGUGCCUACCACGGGGCAGCCUAUUUGAAAGGCUAUGUUUAUAUCAUUGGGGGGUUUGAUAGCGUAGACUAUUUCAAUAGUGUUAAGCGUUUUGACCCAGUCAAGAAAACUUGGCAUCAGGUGGCCCCGAUGCACUCCAGACGUUGCUAUGUCAGCGUGACGGUCCUCAGCAAUUUUAUUUAUGCCAUGGGAGGGUUUGAUGGCUAUGUGCGUCUCAAUACUGCUGAACGUUAUGAGCCAGAGACCAAUCAAUGGACACUCAUUGCCCCCAUGCACGAACAGAGGAGUGAUGCCAGUGCCACAACACUCUAUGGGAAGGUCUAUAUAUGUGGUGGGUUUAACGGAAAUGAAUGCCUGUUUACAGCAGAAGUGUACAACACUGAGAGUAAUCAGUGGACCGUCAUAGCACCCAUGAGAAGCAGGAGGAGUGGAAUAGGCGUAAUUGCUUAUGGAGAACACGUGUAUGCGGUGGGCGGCUUUGAUGGGGCGAAUCGACUGAGGAGUGCAGAAGCCUACAGCCCCGUGGCUAACACUUGGCGCACCAUCCCCACGAUGUUUAAUCCUCGUAGUAACUUUGGCAUCGAGGUGGUAGAUGACCUCUUGUUUGUGGUGGGCGGCUUUAAUGGCUUUACCACCACCUUUAACGUGGAGUGCUAUGAUGAAAAGACGGACGAGUGGUAUGACGCUCACGACAUGAGCAUAUACCGCAGUGCUCUGAGCUGCUGUGUGGUACCAGGGCUGGCCAACGUUGGGGAAUACGCCGCUAGAAGGGACAACUUCACAGGACUAGCGCUGCGAGAUGAAGUAAAGUACUCCGCUUCGACAAGUACCCUACCUGUAUGAGCCUCUUCAUUUAGCUAAUAAAAAGUCUAAGCAAUAAGAAUUCUUUUUU